AUGCCGUCAGUGCUCGAGGAGAUAAACAACGGCAGCAGCGGAUGCGGCACUGCUGCGGACGGUCCGGACGCGUUACAUCCCGCGUUUACGCCGUUGGUGGAUCCCGCGGGAAUACAGAUCGUGCCGCCCAGUCCUGCCGCGAAACCGCUCAAGAACAUCAAUGAGGUGCGUCCGUUGAUAGUUCAGGGUCGCAAGCAGGAAGUGAAACAGUUGCUGCGGACAAACGCAUGGCCUGCCAAUCAUCCGAUCCGCAGGCAACUGUGGCCGAUGCUUUGCAUGCAACACCAUGGCAACGGCGGUGGAAAAACGGACACCAUGGACAACUUCUACUGGGACAUGGUCAAUCAGGUGUUCGGUACCACGGACCUCCCAGACAAAUCGAUCAGCUUGCCUCCAUUCGUCGAACCUUCGCACUGUCAAUCGUACUACAUGACACAUAAGGGACGCAGCAUCACCGACAGGGUGGUGUCCGUACUCGGAUACGCGUGUCCGGAUAUCGUCUACAGCCCUACCAUCUACCCUAUCUGUGCCCUGUUGCUGCACUACGUGUCAGAAGAGGAAUGUUACCAUUGUAUGGCGAGUCUGGUGGCGUCGAAAGAAAAGACAUUCAUUACGCAGACGAAGCUGCUGUAUGAAGUAACUUGGAAGACUGUGAUGCAAAUAUGCAAAAAACACGUUAAAUCAGCCGCUGUGCAUUUGGCUAGGCACUGUAGCAACAAUCGGUCAGAGAGGAUAUACAUGGACUGGAUAUGGUGGAUAUUCCAAGGACUUCCGUUUCACCAUCUUGUCCGAAUCAUGGACUGUUUUUUUCACGAGGGUAUAAAGGUACUCUAUAGGACGGCGAUGGCGAUACUGAUCCUAUUCCAAAAGUUCACGACGUCCUCAUCGGAAUGGCUGGCCGAAAUACAGAAAAAUGGCGUCGACAGCGCUCUUACGAAAUUUUGUAAGGAACUGCCUGUCACGCCACAAAAAUUACUCAAGGUGGCAUUCGGUAUACGUGGCCUAAGUUCCACGUACAUAAGCCGGGUAUUCCUGAAAACAGAAAUGAUCCUGCGGAGCAAAAGCGCGGUGAACGGCAGCAAGCAGAUGGUUAGGUCGAGAUCCAGCGAAAAUCUGCCCAACAGCCAGAGCCAGAACAACAUCCAGAUGGUAUCGCAUACCCUUACCAUCAGAGAGAAAAUGUCCGAAGAGAUGUACAAUGACAUGACACCCUCUUACCUGAACCUCGCCAAAUGGUUCCCUUUCCCUAAUCCCACUUUCGGAGACGAAGAACUGCACAGUAGACUUAGGAACAGGUUAUUGACGUUAUGGUCCUGGUUGCCCGUAAGGAUCACCAUGUACCAGCCGAUCUUGCUGUACACCACCGAGGAACACGGGUGCUCUCUGACUACCUUCUAUGUCAGGGUGGAACAACACGAACCGACGCUGCUUAUGAUCAAAACUUGCAACAACGAGGUAUUUGGCGCAUACUGUUCCUCAAAAUGGGGCGAACGAAACAUCAAAGACGACAGGGGCAACAGACAAGCGUACUUCGGUACGGGCGAGACCUUUUUGUUCUCGCUCUACCCAGAAAGAGCGAAGUACCCUUGGGUCGGGAUGGACGGUGACAAGGUGCACCACGCUGCAGAACUGUUCAUGGCCGCUGAUACCAAGAUGAUAACUAUCGGAGGAGGGGACGGCCAAGCGAUCUGGAUAGACGAGAACAUCCGUUACGGCAAAACAGACCAUUGCGUCACCUUUAACAACCCACCACUCUGUCCCAGCGGAGAUUUCGAGAUCAGGGUGCUGGAGGUGUACGGAUUCGCCAGGGACCAACUCAGUUAGGCUAACACCAGAGGUCAGAUGCCUCGACGGUAAUAGGACCGUUUAGGCUUAUGCAGACCUGUUGAAGGAAGGUCAGGCGAUUUGGAUGGACGAGAACGUCCGUUACGGCAAAACGGACAAAUGCGCGACCUUCAACAACCCCCCACUAUGCCCUGGCAGAGAUUUCGAGAUCCGCGUCCUGGAGGUCUACGGAUUCGCGACUGACCAUUAAAUUAAGAACAGCGAACCAACCUUACGCAAAAUACAUCGAUGAUUACCUGCUCUCAGACAGCACACCAAAAAUGCUAUUUGAAAAAAAAUACGCCGGAAUUCCAAACCCAGAUCAAAAUAGGGGUAUCUUGAACGUGUUUUUCACUCUUGGAUCGGAGUUGGUUCCCAGAGUUUCGCCCACUGAGGGGAGGGAAAUCGAAGAGAAGAGAAGCGAGAUUAUUUUACACAAUCAAAUGAGAUACCCUGCACAGUGUCUUUCGUGCCGCUUCGCCUCAGUGGGCGAGUAACUUUAAGGUACAUGCCCACAGAGGCGAAACAAAACAAGUGAAAUUUUCGUGUAAUCAAACGGGUACCCGCGAAGGCACGAGAGAUCUAGAGCAAUCAGCAAAGAAAAUUUAUCUUUAGCUUCGAUUUCCUUUGCACCGCUUUGUCUCAUUGGGUGUACAUGAGAAAUGACUCGCGUAUUUUUAUCUAAAAAAUACAUUUUUUGUGUGUCCAGAAGUGUUUUUUGCGGUCUUUUAAGGUCUCCAUACAGGUAAAAGAUAAGAUUCUUACCCGGUGCAAAUACAAGACAAAUUUAAUCGACAUACUGGUCAUUGUGGCUUUUGAUUAUUUGAGAAAGAUGUCACAACGACCAAAAUUAUUUUAAACUGAAAAUACUACGCUUCUUUCAAUCUGGGAAGCAAACAUGCUACUCCAACCCGAUUUUUUUGCCUUUAUCUGGAGAAUGUUUUUCAAGGUGCUGAAUUCAGAAUGAGAUUUGAUAAAUCCUUGUAACGCUUCACGUUUUCUUGGAAUCGGAUUCAGCAUCCUCAAAGUUCAGCUAGAGGCAAUUCCGAGUACAAAAUUACUGUAUAUGGCCUUUUUUUGGUCUAAAAAAAUACACGUAAGGUCGCUGAAUAAAAUGACAAAGAGAGGAAUGUACUAGAUCUAGUCGUAUUAUAUUUUAGACAUGUUUAAGAGAAAUAUAUCGUUUUAAUAUAACAAAGGUGCAAAAGACACACCAUGAUGCGCAUACGUCUUAUAUAAUUGUUUUACGUUUAUUAUGUAUGUAUAAAGUAUAUAAUCGCCCUGUAUAUACGUAUUAUGUUUCAUUUUUUGUGUAUAUUAUCUCUCGUUGUAUUCAAUGCUGCUUUGUUGCGAGUAAAACUGUGCCAAAAGGUCACUAAUUUUUAGUGAAUGUUUUGCAAAAAGCCUUCAGACAGUGUGUAUUCAUAUCAGUCAAUACUGUACUACUUGGUAUUUGACAAAAAUCAAUGAAUACAUGUUGCAAUUAUUUUUCAGAUUAUGCUUUAACUUGAAAUUGUGCACCCUAGACUCGUAGAAAGACCAAAAGCACUUCCUACUGACAUUUGAAUUGAAAAAAUGUCGCAAUAUACAACGUCACACACUGUAUGACGGCUCAACAGUUUUGAUUGUUUAUAUUUGUUUCUUUCAUCUUAUAAGUAUUCAAAGUAUUUAUUAUUUUAUAGCAUAUUUUUAUUUUAUAGUCUAGUGAAGAGGAACGACUGAAAUUUCGUAGUAAAAAAAAAGUAUGCAAUCACCAAAAGAAUUCUUAUGGUAACAUGUGUUCCAUCUUAGAUUUUUCUAUAAUUAGAAAUUUUGAGGAGGUGUUAUACAGAGUGGCUCGCCUUUUGCAAUGCGCAUAUCAAUGAAAUUUUUCAUUAUACAAGGUGUCUCAAACAUUAAACCAAAAUUAACUCUAUCUGCGAAACGUAUCCUAAUGGUGAUCAAACUUUCAAGGUUCUAAAGUAUGAUUAAAUAUUUUGCUCAUACGGUUCCUGCAACACCCAACAUGUCAUCAAAGUUUUUUGUAUCAAACAGUUUUCUGAUCGAAGAAAUUUUGGAGUCUAAUGAAUUUGGGACACCUGGUAUACCAGAGAUGAUGGUAGUGUUUAGGAUUUGUCUUGUCUGAUCAAUGACUACGAAAAUUUAAUAUGUAGAAAUAGAAUAAGCGUUUAGAUAAAGUUGAAUGUUUUAGUAUAUAAAGUCAACAGAAGACAUUUAAAAAAAUUCUCCAAAGUUUUUCGACUAAUUCUGCUAUUUAUUAUUCUUGCUUCAUUCCUUUAACUGACAAAUUUUUUGUCUUCUGUGAGCAAGUGAGUAGUUCAUCAUCCCCAAUACUCAAAAUAUUUUGCUCAAACACUAAAUAUUUCUAAUAUUUGUACACAACUUACAUCAUAGUCAUUUCAACUAGAAAUUAUAGUUCAAUCCCUUCAGCAGCCUAAACUUUGAAAUCCUAAUGCUUUGCCUAAAUAUCACUGUUAAGUGUUGUGAAUUUUAUGAUACGUGUUAUAUUUUUGUUUUCAAACGUGUUAAGUUUGAACCUUAUUUUGGCAUUGCGUUCGUCUUCUCACAAAGUGACUAUUUAACAUUUAGAAAUUUGACUUCAGCUUGACACGUCUAUCUGAUGAGAGUCGGAUUUUCCAUUCGAACAUUUCAAAAGAUUGAAAUACAAAACGCGCCUCUAUUCCACCCCAAAUCUGCAUUUGGUUGUUAGAAACUUUCGACUCGAAUGACGUAAGUUGAGUCCAGUGGGAAAGUUCACUUUUUGAUUUAAGAAAAAAAAAAUACAAACCUAAUGAAUAGAAAAUAUUUAUUACUAUCAACAUAUUCGUAAAUUCGACGGGUUUUAUUUCUUAAAUAUCAUUCCGUUCAAAUGUUUGUCAUCCCUUCAGACACACUCUUCUAAUCACGCGCGCAAAUUCUGAAACACUUAUCUUGCAGAGUUCCGGAGGGAUGUUUAUUUCCCGUCGAAUGUUGUCUUUACGCUCCUCCAGUGUUGUGGAUUAUUGGAAUAUACUUUUGACUUUAGAUAACCCCACAAAAAAUAAUCACAUGGCGUGAGGUCGGGACCUAGGAGGCUAGUACAUGUCUCCAAACUUCGAUAUAAUUUUUUUAUGAAAAAGUGCUUUCACCGUGUCCAUCGAUUAUCUGGAAGUAUGGACAGUGGUCCCAUCCUGUUGAAACCGUGUGUUUCUGUUAAAUCGACGUUCUGUUCUUACAAUAGGACCAAAAAAAAGUGUCAAUCAUGUCCUUGUAUCGCUCGGAAUUGACUGCAAAUGCAUGACCAGUAACCUUUGGACUAUGUAGCUGUUUUACGUUUCUCUUUUAGGUUCGUUGGUGCCCAAUAUCUGCCAUUUUGCUUGUUCACAUAACUGUCUAAGCUAAAACUCGAUAGCAAAAAGCACGUUGAGCUUUGGUCCAACGUUUCAUUGUGACUAUUUAACCCGCACGCCGAGCGCAUCGAUCAAGACCUCUCCCCACUUCCUCGCGCAAUUCAAAUUUGGAAUGUGAACUUUCCCUGUAUACAAACUUUAUUGUUGCAGGUGCGUCACUUGGUGAAAACGAAGAUAUGCCAAAGGAUGAUUUAAAAAUGAUUUCAACUGGAAAAUACAGCUACCUCCCUCCAAGAGACGGGCCUAAAUCAUGUUUAAGACAAUUUUUCAAUAAUAUUUUCAAUCAAGAUACUCAAAAUAGAUUUUCUCAUUUAUGGUACCAAAUGAAAGACAUAUAGUAGUCAGUUUAGACAGCCUACAUGAUCUCUGUUCUGAAAUAGUCGAAUGUGCCAUAACAGGUCUCCCAGUCUAUAAUUUUAUUAAGUGCACACUUUUCUCGAUAUUUAGGAAACACUGUAUCCAGAAGUCAUUUUUGUUUCAUCCUGGACUAAAUAACGAGAUAUUUAUUGACGCAACAUAAUUUGCUUCAUAAUUUAAAAUGAGACAAUUGUGUAUACAAGCAUCACACUGCGAACUGUUUUUCUUUUUUAGCUUUUCCUCAUAGAAUAUUUUAUAUAUUUGUUAGAGCGUAUUUACUUUUUAUAUUUGUACAUAGAAUGUUGUAUUAUAUGUGUAUUUUUUGUUUGUAUUUGUUAUAUGAAUGUACUAUGUACACAAAUUAACUAUUAUAACGAUUCUUCUUUGUGAAGUAUUCCAAAAUGUUUUCACUGAACCAUAUUUCAUAUGUAACUGCAACGAAAUUCAAUUUUGUAAAUAUGUCUUUAUCCAAAUGCACUUUUUGAAAAUCUCCUGUACAGGGUGCGACUGAUACAUGUUCCUAAGCAAAAAUAUCAAUAAAAGUUGCUUUAAGUGUUGAUUUUGAUCAUUUAUAUUUUGUUGAAAACACACAAGAGGAGGAUUUUUAACGCCAUUCGUAUCAAGCUGACAGAAAUUUUAGAUAAAGUAUAGAUGGAGAUGAACCAUUUUUUUAGAAUUUUGUUAUUAAAAACAAUAUCAAAUAUUUAUAAGGGCUCAUACACGCACGCGAUUUGUGUCAGUGUCACACAUUGACGCAUUCCUCACACUAUCACGAGUUACAAAUCGUGUACGUAUAGAAAAAUGCUAUAUACAGGGUGUUCGACUCGCAUCAUUUUUCAUCGUUUUUAUUUUUUACUGUCUGUUGAGAUGGGCCAAAUAAAGUGCACAUUAUUGUUGCAAAUUUUCCCUGCUCUACAAGGUGGCGUAAUUUGAAUUUCAAAAUGAUAUUUCGUCUCUUGCGGUCCUUCAUCAACUUUAUUUUUUCUUAUAGAUACCAUAUUAGAUUUUUGCACAGGUGAAUAAUUUUAAUUCUGAUUUCAUACGUUGACGUUGUCAAAUCGAAGUUAUUUUGAAAAAAGCUUAUUUUAUCAUAGUCGGCUAUGUUUGUCGGAAUAAAAAAAAUUUCACCUGUGCAAAAAUCUAAUAUGGCGUCUAAAAGAAAAAGAAAUUGAUUGAGGACAAGAAAUGAAACGUCAUAUUGAAUUUCUAAUUCUACCAUCUUGUAGAAGAGAAAAAGUGGCGAUGUUGAAAUAUCCAUUUUUUUGAAGCUCCAUCUCAAUAAAGUUAGGCCAAAAUAAAUACGAUUUCGGGAAAAUUCAUCUCCGGAAAUACUCUGAAUUGUAAAGCUUUCCAUGAUCCAUUUUCUUAGUUAGUUACUCUCAUUUAACCGACUUCGUAUCUCGCAGUUUCCGAGGUCCCAAUGGUGAGAGAGUCGAAUUUGAAACACCCGGUAUAAUCGGUUCGGUUUUGAAAAUAUCGCGCACCCUACCAGCUGAAAAAGAACGUUGCUGCAUUUUUAACGAAAAGUCUGUAACGACAUGUACAUUGUCACACACUCAUAGGUAAUCCUAGUUCCUUUUUAUUUUCGUCGUUCGUAACGAACGACGUGUUUAUUAGAUUGUGAUGUUUAAUUGUAAUUAUUAAAUGUGGUAUAAUCGCAUGAGUGUUUCAACACAACAUUCAUUUACAAGAAACUGGUACUAUGAUCAGCAAAGUUCAGUUGAGCAAAAAUGACUAGGUGGACGAGAUUUUCCGCCUAUUUUAUUUAUACUAAACCACAUAUCACAAAUCUUGUUCAAAACAUACAACAUAGUAGCCGAAGCGUUUGUAAAAUUCCAACAUCUGCAAUUUUAUCUACUGGCCAGUUAAAAUAUCAUACAUCGCAAUGAUUUGCUUUGGAAACAAAAUAAUAAUCAUCUUACGGCGGACCUCUCCGAGUAUUUGGGUUAGAAAAAAUUUAGACUUCAAGCUGACCAUGUAAAACAUUUGUACUACUCAAUUUCAAUCCCAUAGUCCAGGAUUAGGGUUGAGAUAACAUUUUUGACACCAAAGGAAAUGGAGCAGCUCAAUUUAACAGUAACAAGAUUGUAAAAGGCUUUUGAUUCCAUUCUGUAUAGGAGAAAGGGUGAUCAGACAUAAUCACAGCACUUAGACCACAUUGUACGUCCUCGCCAGAGAUCACUCAAGGCUGGAUCAUCAGCCAGCCCAGACUUUUGAUACUAAUACCUUGAAUUAUGUUGAUUCGUGUUGAAAUUGUAAAACCUACACUACUCGAGAUUUGAAAGAGGUUUGAAAUUAAAAUUUUUUCCAACUUCAAAUGCCCCACGACCCCUUCCACCAACUAUAUCAGCAAAGUAAAAUUGUACACCUCAUUUAAAAGAUAUAGAAAAUUAUAGGCUAGACGCGUGUUUGCUGUAAGUUGCCAAAAUGACAACGUUUUCCAUGGAAAAGUUUUAGAAUUGCCAAUUUCCUGCUCUACCUAGUGAUUUUUGCAUAUCUCAUAUUUACAUUAUACUGUUGUAUCAGUGUCUCACUUGCACCUGUUACAACGUCUCUGCACUAUAUGUUGUAUCUUGGAUAUACAGUGAAUUAGCUUACAAAAAAACUGAGGUAAUCAUUACACAAUAGCUUGAAAAUAACCAAAUGUUUUUUAUCAUUAAAAUCGGACGGCCCCAAGUUAUUACAUGUCAAACUUUUAUUCUAUGUCUUGUUUUAGAGCAGUAUCUCAACUGAUUCAUCUGUAUAUACAAGAAACAUAACAUGUAGCUCUCAACGUUGCUAAAUCGAUUCAUGAUGAGAUAGCUUUUAGUUGAAAUGUUUGUCAGAAAAGUAGCCAGAUUCAUCAAGGAUAUCUUUUGAAUCUGGCCAAAUAAUGUGCCAUCUACUAAUAUUGUGAUGUCAAAGAGCAUAUUACAGCAACGUCUGAGCUAGAUGUUACCAUUUAUUUUCAUUUGUACUGUUUUCUGUUAGACGUGUGAGCAAUAACUGAUGUGAUAAUUGGGUUGAGAACUUAGGGUGUUUAUAUAAUCUAUCCAUAUUUUUUCUUGAAAAUAAUAGCAAAAUUGUUAACACACACUGGAAGUGCAAAUAGAUAAAUCAGAUUUUAAGAUACUAGUCUUCAUAGUGCUUUCAAUAAUUCAAAAACCUAAUAUUUAUUGACCAUUGAGAUACGAGUUAAACCUAAUCAUUCAUCAUUUAAUUAUUCAACAAUGUUGCCACACUUGACCAUUUUGACAGAGAGGCAGUGCUAAAUAAUUUGGAACAGUAUUUGCCUGUUUGCCUCUUAUUUAUAUAUCCACCCAAAGGUUCUUAGUAAAAAAUGUUAGUACUAGUACACAUUUGUUUGUGCUUGUAUCAUAAGUAUUUAAAUACAUUCUGACUGUUUCACACCUUUAGUUACCAAGACUUUUUCAUUGUACUGAUAUAUGUAUAUUAUCUUUUCUCUGAUGUAUUAUUGCUGCAUUAGUGUUGUAUCUCCUUGU